AUGGUUAGUUCGUCACAUCGUUCCUCUGGCCCUAGGCCUGGCGCAGGAAAGAAGAAAGUGACGAACCAGGUCGCACCUAAGGAAGCGAAGGGAAAGAGAGAGAGGAGGUCGGGAAAGAAGCAAACAGGAAAGUGUUUCAGGUGUGGAGAGAAUGGGCAUUGGAAGCCAGACUGCCCUAAAAAGGGCAAGGCUACAGAGGCGCAGGCGGAUGUCGAUCAUUGCCAAUGGAUGGACGUUAAGACUGCGUUCUUGAAUGGUAGUCUUGAGGAGACCAUCUACAUGGAACAACCCGAGGGUUAUGCCGUCAAGGGCAAAGAGCACAUGUCUUCUAGGUAUUUCAGGUGUGGAGAGAAGGGGCAUUGGAAGCCAGAAUGUCCUAAAAGGGGCAAGGCUACAGGUGACAAGGCGACUAUGUGA